UCGAGAAGGGUUACAAUCUGGGCACAAUCUUAAAAGGGCAUAUGAAAGUGGUAAAAUAAAGAGCCGACUCUUCUUGGUGAGUCAAAUGAUCCGACUCCCUAAAAAGAACCGAACUUCCCAUCACUGCACUCUGAUCCCCGUGAUGGGGCAUUUAACCCGGAAUCUACGUCAACAUUUCAAAAUAAAAGCCUACACUCAAAAUACUGAGGUAGCUGUAUUCGGAGACGGGUUUGCUAUUCCGAAUAAUAAUUUACCGACCAUGAUUAAUUCAGGAGAUGAAGACGACCCCUUCCCCGUUGAUGACUGUCUGUUUGCCGAAACAUUUUCUCAGGAGACCGUGUACCGUUUGCUCGGUGAAGAGCUGAAGAUACGGCAGCUGUUCGGUGCCAACCUCGGCGUGGCUGCACCGGUCUGGGACGCUGCGUUACACCUGUGUUGUUACUUCGAGGAGCAGUCGGUGCAGCUGCGGGGAAAACGCAUCAUAGAGCUGGGAGCAGGCACCGGUGUGGUCGGUAUUUUGGCUGCACGCCUCGGUGCAGUCGUGACCCUCACAGACCUCCCUUUGGCUCUCUCUCAACUUCAGGCCAAUGUCUGUGCUAACACACCCUCCAGUGGUUGGCCUACUAGUGUUCCCACUGUCCUCCCUCUGUCCUGGGGUGAGGACCACGUGAACUUCCCUUCUGACUGGGAUCUGGUUCUUUGUGCAGAUAUAAUUUACCUUCCAGACACGUACCCACUGUUAAUAGAGACACUAGUUCAUUUGUGCAAGAACGGAGCCGUGUUAUACCUCUCGUCCAAAAUGCGAAAAGAGCACAGGACUGCAUGUUUCUAUGAGGAAUUUCUCCCAAGCAGAUUUAAUGUGGAGCUUGUGAAGCGUGAUGACAAACAGAACAUUAAUAUCUACAGAGCGUCUCUGAGGAAAGAACAAUGAGAGCAGAGAUAACCUGCUGCAGGCCUGGGACUUGGAUUAGUUACUGUACUUGAGACCAGCGACGACUAAACAAUUUCCCUGAGGGGAUUAAUAAAGUAUUUCUGAUUCUGACUCUGAGAGCAGGCGUAUGCAUUAUGUAAGAUGCACAGCUGACUGGAAGAUCUCAAUGUUCUUGGCUAAUCCAAUGUUGAUGUCAAGUGACUGUAAUUUGAGUUUUACAUGAUUGUUUUGUAUCUUAAGCUGCAAUCUUGUGUUUUAUUAUGCAUAUAAACAGCUUGUUACAAGUAUAUGUAGACCAUAUAAAGAGAGUUAAUCCUCAGUGAACUUGCUCUGUAUUGAGACAUGUGGAAAGUUGUUGAAUAACUACUUGUUCUGCUAGUUGACAAUCUAAAUACUUUUAUUUAUAUUUAUAUAAUAUGGCUGUUAUGUUGCCUAUUUUUGGUCACUUGAGAAAUUUGUAACAUCCCACUAAUAUUUAAGGAUUUUGGAUAUUCUGUUUGCACUUUGGACUUUUGAGUGCACCGAAAAAUCAGUUGGACUUCUUCACAUAAAUAAGUCGGAAAUCUAAUCUAACUGCUUAGAUAUGGUGGAUGUUUCUUCUUUCUUCAUUAUUUUUCACUAAGAUAAAUACUCUUAUUGUGAAAACACUUUAAACUGUACUCAAAAUGUUGUGAAAACACUUUUAAAUACAGUUUGUGACCAGUCACAAGUUCUCAUGUGAACAGCUUUAUGUUUUGUAAAUGACAUCUGAAUGUAAGCAGUCCAGAGUGACUUCCCAGCCUCUCGUGUCUAGACUUGUUUUUUUAUUGAAGAGCAGGGAUCAGCUCUGCUGUUACAGCUUCAGGCUACAGUGUACAUCUGCUCAUAAU